AUGAUAAGUUCGUCAAUUUUUAAAAAAAUAUCAAAAAAUAUAUUAAAUAAAAAUCAAGUUAAACAUAUAAAAACAAACUUUACAAAAAUUACACCAAAUUUUAAAAAUGUUAAUUUGAUUUAUAAUGUAACAAAUAACCACCAUCAUACAUUAUCAACAACAACACCAUCAUCAUUAAUCAAUAAUAAUUUUACUAUCAAUUCAUUUAAUAAUAAUAGAUUCUAUUCAACAAAUAUUAAUGAUAAAGGUUAUGAAAAUAAUAAUAAAAAUAAUGAAAAUAAUAAUAAUAAUGAAAAUAAUGAAAAUAAUGAAAAUAAUAAUAAUAAUAAUAAUAAUAAUAAUAAUAAUAAAGAAAAAAUUUUAAAUUUUUUAAAUAGAAAUAAAAAAAAUAUGUUAUUUUCAUUUGUUGGAGUUGGGUUAGGAUUUUUAGGUUUUGGUAAUAAUUCAAAUGAUAAUGAUAAUGGUAAACAAGAUAUUGAAGAAAAACCAUACUAUUUUAAAAUUUUAAAAUAUAAAAUUACAGAGAAAUAUUUAGUGAUUGGUUCAUUAAUUGCAGCAAAUAUUAUAGUAUGGCGUUUAUUAAAGAUUCAAGGAUUUUUAGAAAGAUUUGGUCCACAUUUCUUCCUUUCACCAUCAUCACUUAAUAAGUAUCCAUCAUCUUUAAUUCUUUCAACAUUUACACAUACAGAAGGACUUCAUAUACUUUUUAAUAUGUAUGCAUUGGCAUCAUUUGGUAGUACGGCUUAUGAUCAUUUAGGAACUCGUGAUUUCUUAAUACUCUAUUUCUUGGGUGGUUUAUUUGGUUCAAUGACAAGUUUAACUUAUAAAUUGUUGGUGGGAAGUUAUGUAGUUCCCUCGAUUGGUGCAAGUGGUAGUGUUUUCUCACUCUUUGCAUCCUCUGUUUUAUUUGAAAAUUCACGUGUAAGUAUUAUAUUCUUACCAAUGUUUGAUUUCGAAGGUUCUCAAGUAUUGGCAGCAUUGGCACUUUUCGAUUUCUGUGGUUUAUUUUUACCCCUUUUUUCAAGAAGAUCACCUUUGGAUCAUGCUUGUCAUUUAGGCUCAACGUUAGUUGGUGCUUUUGUUGGUUUCUUUUAUCCAUACAAAGAGAAAUAUCAACACUUUAAUGGUACUGGUAAAAUUGUAACUCCAAAUUACAUUUAUCAAGGUGAAUUCCGUGAUGGUAAAUUCAAUGGUAUAGGUCAACUUAAUAAUUACUCCCAUAUCUAUAAGGGUAUAUUCAAAGAUGAUCAAUUUUUAAGAGGUCAAAGAUUUACAAAAUCAAAUAAUGUUAUUGAUCAAAUAGAAAGAAGAAGUAGAAAUUAA